AUGCUGCUGCGCGGCGCGGCCGCCCUCCUCGAAGCGGCAGCCCGCACCUCCAAGGACACGCGCGUCCGCGACGACGGCGAGCGCGGCGCCGACGCGCCGACGCGCGGGGCGGAACCCGCCUACAAAGCGCCGUUUGGGUGCCCGGACAAGCCCAUUUACUACGUUGAGUGCAGCCUGGACGCCGGCGGCAACGUCAUCGGCCUCAGCUACGGCCCCAAAUCCUUCAACCUCACCGGCAAGAUCGGCAACACCUCCCCGCCCGUGACGGAGGCCGCGGUGAUCGCAGCCGCGCGUAAGAAGCCGCGCGUGCGCGCGCGGGAGGGCGGGCCCAAGGAGGCCGCCGUCGCGACGACGCGGCUGGUGGGGCCCCUCGAAGGGGGGCUCCAGCAGGUUAUAUCCACCCCGAACGCCAACGGCACCGCCGCCUGGGUGACAUUUUUCGCGUUCGAGACCCCAAAGCAGCCCCAGUCCUGCGGCUCCGGCGUCGCCGCGCCCGCGGGGCGCGCGGCGGCGCUGUCGUGGGGCCGGAAGCAGUGGAAGAAGGGCACCAUGGUGCUUUCAGGGUUUAGGGGGACGCCCAUGUCGCUGGAGAGCCCCUGCUGGAUGGAGUGGGGAGGCAGCGGCCUGCCUCCCGGCUCUGCGGAGUCCAACGCCGGCCCCAAGGCCCCGCCGGAGGUAGUCCAGCCCGCCCCCCCGGUCCCGUCUUCUCCCCUCGUCCGGCCGCCGGUCACAGAGACCUCCCCAGCCUCGCCGCCGCCGGCCUCCACGACUCCCGUCCCCCCGCCGCUGUCACCGCGGGCGCCGCCGGUCGUGCAGCCGCCCGCGGCGCGGGAGCAGUGCCCCGAAGAGCAGAGAGCACUUGCAAUCCUCAAGUCGAGUGCUCCCAAAAAGCUCAAGUUCUCAGAGCUCAAGCCCAUGGCUGAGGUCUCCCAGGCGGCCAGCACCCGCAGCCUCACCACGCGCGUCGCCGCCCGGAUCGCGGUCACGCGCCUCCGCGCCCGCAAGGCCUCCGCCGCCGCGCUCGCGGCCAAGCGCCUCGCCGGCCCCGCGCCGCCGGCCGCCGAGAAAGCCGUCAUGCCGUCGGCCUCAAAGCCGGCGGCGUUUGAGAGCGCCCCCAUCGUCAGCGACAACAUCGUGAGGGCCGGCAUGCUAGCGGCCGCGGGCGCGCCCGCGGGGCGGGCGCCAGGCGCGUCGGCGCUCGCGUCAGAGACGCUGCUGGACGGAGUUAGCUCGGACGGGUUCUGGGGCGUUGGGUACGGCCAGAACGGCGGCUACAACCCCCUGAACCUCGCGCUCGCCGUGGCGAGCGUCGAUUACGGCGGCCAGAAGAUCGUCACCGUGAUGCAGGCCUCCGCCCAGGCCGCCGGCGUGUACGACGCCGCGGGCGGCUCCGUGGUGGACCCGGUCGCGCUCUCCUCGCUCUUCGCCGGCGUGCUGCCGCCCGGCGCCCCGGCCGGCGACAGCGUCGUGGACUUCCCCACGCUGCAGUUCGACGCCGCCGCGCGGCGGUGGGUCAUGGCGGCGGCGUACAGCGACUGGAACUGGGACACGUCGCGGCCGGGGCAGCCGCUGCUCGCGGCGUCGAUGACGGACGACCCGGCAGGGGACUGGAAGGUCUUCGCGCUGCCCGACCCCGGAGGCAUCCCGGGCAUUACGGCCUGCAACGCGGACACCCACUACCCCGUGAUCUACAACGCGCAGUCCACGCUCGACGGAUACGGGGUUUACGUCACAGGCGAGGUGCUCUGCAGCGCCCUCGACUCGGCAACGGACAAGGACGGGUUUGCGGGCGCGUUUAUAUACGCCGUUCCGAAGGCCGCGCUGUACGACGCGCAGAGCGCGGCGCCGCUGCCUGUGGCGGUCUAUAGUGACCUCCAGGUCGCCGCGUCGGCCGAGAGCCUGGGCGGCGGCCAGGCGCAGUGGGUGCAGCUGCAGCCGGCGCGGCCCCAGACGGCGGCGGACGCCGCCGCGGCGCGCGCGCUGUUCGUCUCGCAGAACGGCGAGGAAUCUGGCGACUACAACACCAUGGCCGUAAUCAAGCUCACAGACACCAACCUGCUGACGUCCAUGACUGAUGACGUCACCAAGUCGCCCCGCCUGCGGGCCCGGGCAUUCCAGAAGGGUUUCCAGUUUUCGAGGCCGAAAGACUCCCUGCAGAUCCAGCAGCCGGGCAGCAGCGUGCCCAUCGAGCUGGAGGUGGCAGGCGCCUUCCGCGUGUCAUCGGCCGCCGUUUCCAACGGCGACCUGUACUUCGCGAAGCCCGAGCUCAACUCGCCCCCGAACGUGGCCAACCCGGACAAGCAGCCCGACAUCCCCAGCAUUUUCUGGGCCCAGGUGCGCGCCGCAGGGAACCUCUGCGACCGCUCCUCUUCCAGCCCGGGCGCCGCCGCCGCCGCGGCUGGCGGCGGGCCUCAGGGCGACGUCGCCGUGGCCGCGAGCGGCGUCGUCAGCGCGACGUCGCCGGCCGCGUCCGCGAUGGCGCUCGGGUCGCCGGCGGUGGCGGUGGACCCGGCGGGGCGCGUGCACCUGGCGUACGCGUGCGGCUCGCCCGCGCCGGCGGCGGCGCCCAUGUAUGCAGGCGUCUGUGUCAGCGUGGCAGGCACCACAGGCGUGCCCAAGCAGCGGGUGCUGCGCGUGAUGGCGGGGGACGGCGCGGUGGAGGACCCCUACAACGAGGGUCUGGUGGCGUGGGGCCUCUACAGCUCGGCCCAGUUUUUUGACGGGGAGCUCUGGUAUGCGGUCAGCGCCGCCCAAGCCCCCUCAGGCAGCAGCGACGCUGGGCUGUCGCAGCCGGGCGCGUGGGUCGGCGCCUAUGACGCCGUGUUCGGCUCGUCGGCCGCCGCGGGCGCGCCGGGCGGCAAGAGGGCGGGGGCCGCGCCGGUGGUCAGGCCGGGCGCGGGGCGGCGGCUGCUGGCGUGA